AUGAGCGAUUUCAUUUCGAUUUUGGACUUGAAAGUGAAUGCUGCGAAAUCAAAAUCAAAAUCGAAUGUGAUUCAGAUCCCGAACUCAUGGAAUCGAGAGAAUUCUCUCAAGAAACCGGAAGUGUUUCAGUGGAAAGAUAUCGAAAAGAACGGCUAUGGAGUGCGAUUGAAUGAGUUCUAUUCUGCAGUGGAGGAACAAGAAGAGAUUGUGAAUCAGAUCAAAAAGAUCUUGAAGGGUCCUGCGAUGGCAAAAACAAGAUCCGAGAAUUCAGUCGAGGAAUUGGUGAAAGAAAAUCGGUUUGAAAACCAUCCAAUGAAUCACGUCAUUGGAGUAUUCUUCAAGACACAGAAAGAAGUCGAGCAGUUCUGCACGCUUCUGAAACAAGAAGGGCUUCCCUAUCGUGGAAACGAGGAAACUAGCAACUUUUCGGAGGGAAUCAACAUUCUCCGUCUUCUUUAUGAUCCAAACGACUCUAGAAGUUAUGAUAUGAUGACAGUGUUACAACUUCCUUCGCUUGAAAUCUCCACAACGACCCUCCAAACUUUUAUUCAGAACUGUAAACGAAAUCAUCAAAGUCUUUAUGAAACGGUGAAGGAGGCGUUGAAAACUGAAGCGAAUCUUCCACAGAAUGAAUGGAGAAACUUGUCGAAAUUAAUGUCGACGAUCCAAUCAUUGCAUAAUCAAUUACUGAAUUAUCCUGGGUCUUAUCUUCUUUACCAGUUUUAUAAUCGAAUUCAUGAAUUACCACAAAUCAUGAACGAUUCUGAACGCCAGUCUUCAUUGAUUGGUCUGUUGAAUGAAUUGAUGUAUUUGGAAGACGGCCAUUCGCCUCUUUUGAAAUCGAACUCGUCUUCUCCAUUCUUUAAACUUCACGACUACAUUGAUUUCCUUUCAUUCAUUCCUCUCUUUCCUUCCACUUCCAUCUUGGAUCGAUUGCGAAGCCUUCAAGGCCAUCCUUUAACGAAACUUCUUCUUACGCAAUGUGACUCCAAUCCAGAAGAAAAGGAUGAAACCAGCCCAAUCGAUUCCAACGUUAUUCUUGUCGGAACAUACGCAGAUCGAUAUCCCAAUUACUUCACAGUAGCUCAUUUUGUGUAUUCAUUCAUUUCAGUCUCUCUUUUUGCCUCAGUUGAAUGCUUCCAGGAUUUCACUUCAUCGCGUCAGUUCUUCCUGUUUGUUCCCGGAAUGCGCCAUUGUCCCUGA